AGGAACACAUGCUCACACAGAGCUACAGACCCCUGAACACAACAUCUCCUUUAUUGGAUUCCUGGCAUUUUCCUAUUUUUGAGACUUGUAUUUUUUCUUGUUGGCAUUUUUGUUUUUACUUCUUUAUUGAUUUAUUGGAGUUAGCAUGAAGAAGACCCCAGGAUCUAAGGAUUUACCCACCUAGAUGGCACCCAGUGGAGUUUGUUGAUCUCUUGUAUGGAUUAUUGUGGUCCUCAGUUGCUGCUUGUGCUGGUGAUCGGUACCCUGUCCUGGUGACUCCAGCAGCUUGUGCCACUUGCUUCCCCCACUAUUUGUUAUAGGAUACUGAUGGCCUCGGUUCCCCCCAACGCGGGGGCCAGGGGCUUUAUAGAUCUCCCCCCGGGUUACAAGACUUCUCAGCCGGCUCCCAGCUCAGACUUGCUCAGGAGACCUAGUUAUUGUCACGCUUCCUUUGCCCUCAAACAGAUCGCCAAGGGCAAAGCGGUGGGUCAGAAGGCCCCUCUCUGGCUGCGAGCGCAGUUCCAAGCACUGCUUUUCUCUUUGGGUUGCACAAUCCAUAGACACUGCGGCAAAGUACUUUUCGUUGGGCUCCUGGUGUUUGGGGCUCUAGCUGUGGGUCUACGAGUGGCUUCCAUUGAGACGGACAUUGAGAGGUUGUGGGUAGAAGCUGGAAGUAGAGUUAGCCAUGAGCUCCGCUACACGAAGGAGAAACUUGGGGAAGAAUUUGUAUACACAUCACAAAUGCUAAUCCAGACACCGAAGAAGGAAGGAGAAAACAUCUUGACUCAAGAGGCUUUGUUUCUUCACUUGAAAGCGUCUCUAGCUGCCAGCAAGGUUCAAGUGUCCAUGUUUGGAAAAUCAUGGGACCUGAACAAGAUUUGCUACAAGUCUGGAGUUCCAAUAAUAGAGAAUGGGAUGAUUGAGCGGAUGAUUGAAAAGCUUUUCCCCUGCGUGAUCAUUACCCCUCUGGAUUGUUUCUGGGAAGGCGCUCAACUUCAAGGAGGAUCUGCAUAUCUUCCGGGAAGACCAGACAUCCAAUGGACUAACCUUGACCCAAUUCAGUUAAUGGAAGAGUUGGGCCAGUUUACCAGUUUGGAUGGCUUCAAAGACAUGCUGGACAAGGCAGACGUUGGACAAGCAUAUAUGGAACGGCCGUGUCUUGACCCCUUUAAUCCUGAAUGCCCUGAAAGUUCUCCAAACCAGAAGACAAAAAAGAACCCAGACAUCCCUUCUACACUUCGUAAUGGCUGUUAUGGUUUCUCCAAGAAAUUCAUGUAUUGGCAGAAGGAACUGAUACUGGGAGGAAUGGUGAAAGGAACAAAAGGCGAUCUCAAGAGUGCUGAAGCUCUCCAGACCAUGUACCUCCUGAUGAGUCCAGGGCAGCUUUAUGAACAUUUUAAAGAUGAUUAUGAGAUUCAUGAUAUCAACUGGAAUGAAGAGAAGGCUUCUGCGAUUCUGGAGUCCUGGCAGCGAAAGUUUGUGGAGCAAGCUCAGCAGUCAAUCCCACAAAACUCAUCCCAGGAUAUUCACGCAUUCUCCACCACCACCCUGAAUGACAUUAUGAAGUCUUUCUCCGACAUCAGUGCCAUCAGAGUGGCCGGCGGAUAUUUGCUGAUGUUGGCUUAUGCUUGCGUCACAAUGCUGCGGUGGGACUGCUCUAAGUCUCAAGGGGCGGUGGGACUGGCUGGUGUCCUCCUUGUGGCACUUUCUGUGGCAUCAGGUCUUGGACUUUGCUCUCUUCUGGGUAUCUCCUUCAAUGCAGCUACUACUCAGGUCCUGCCUUUCCUUGCCCUUGGUAUUGGCGUAGACGACAUGUUCCUGCUCGCACACGCAUUUACAGAAACCAGCUUGAGUACCCCCUUUAAGGAGAGGACAGGUGAAUGUCUGAGACGCACAGGCACCAGCGUGGCACUGACAUCUAUCAAUAACAUGGUAGCUUUCUUCCUGGCUGCGUUAGUGCCCAUCCCUGCCCUGCGGGCGUUCUCUCUGCAGGCUGCCGUAGUUGUUGUGUUCAACUUUGCAAUGGUGCUAUUAAUAUUUCCUGCCAUCUUGAGCCUGGAUCUUCACCGAAGGGAGGAUCAGAGACUGGACAUUCUCUGUUGUUUCUACAGCCCAUGCUCAUCCCGAGUCAUCCAGAUCCAGCCUCAAGAGUUUGCUGAUGCCAACGAUAACCACACUUAUCACCCCUCAUCAUAUGGAAAUCCCACCAUCACAACCAGCACCCAUAUAACCACCACUGUCCAGGCCUUCACCCAGUGUGACCCAUCAGGCCACCACAUUGUAACCAUCCUGCCUCCCACCUCUCAGAUCUCAACUUCCCCAUCUGUUAUUGUGCCUACGGCGGAUCCUCUGGGCUCUCAAGUAUUCACUUCCUCCAGCUCCACUCGGGAUCUACUGGCUCAGCUAGAUGAAAACAAAGGAAGGAGAGAAUGUGUUCCGCUGCCCUUUCUAAAAUGGAGCCUCUCUGACUUUGCUAGGGAGAAGUAUGCCCCAUUGCUUCUCAAAGCAGAAACCAAGGGUAUUGUUGUGGCUCUCUUCAUGGCUCUAUUGGGUCUUGGGCUAUAUGGUACCACCAUGGUCCAUGAUGGGCUCUACCUGACAGACAUCAUCCCUAGAGAAACCAAGGAAUACAACUUCAUUUCAGCCCAGUUCAAGUACUUCUCUUUUUACAACAUGUUCAUUGUUACCAAGGGAGGGUUUGAUUAUCCCAAAGCCCAGGAGUCUCUGUAUGACCUUCAUGAGGCCUUUGACUCUGUCAAGUAUGUUGUGCGUGAAGAGGAACGGGAAUUGCCAAAAAUGUGGCUUCACUAUUUUCAGGACUGGCUGAGAGGUCUGCAGGCAGCUUUUGACAAGGAUUGGGAGUCAGGUCACAUCACUCGCGAGAAUUACAAGAAUGGAACAGAGGACGGCAUACUGGCAUACAAACUGCUUAUUCAGACUGGGAACAAGAAAGAACCCUUUAAUUUCAACCAGUUGACAAGCCGGAGAUUGGUGGAUGAGAAGGGAUUUAUCCCACAAGAUGCUUUCUACAUCUAUUUGACUGUCUGGGUCAGCAAUGACCCACUGGGCUAUGCCGCGUCCCAGGCAAAUAUCUACCCUCAGCCACCUGAAUGGAUACACGACAGAUAUGAUACCACUGGAGAGAACUUGAGAAUCCCAGCUUCAGAACCCAUUGAGUUUGCCCAAUUCCCAUUUUACCUAAACGGCCUUCGCCAGACAUCAGAUUUCAUUGAGGCCAUUGAGAGUGUGCGCUCUGUGUGUGAUGAGUUCGCCAAGCAAGGAGUCUACAGUUACCCAAGUGGAUACCCCUUCCUUUUUUGGGAGCAGUACAUUGGACUACGGCAUUGGUUUCUGUUGGCCAUCAGCAUUGUGCUUGCAUGCACAUUCUUCGUUUGUGCCAUCCUUCUUCUUAACCCCUGGACUGCUGGCAUCAUUGUAUUCAUCCUUGCCAUGAUGACAGUAGAACUGUUUGGGAUCAUGGGUCUUAUCGGCAUUAAACUUAGUGCCAUCCCUGUGGUGAUACUCAUCGCAUCUGUAGGAAUUGGCGUGGAAUUCACCGUCCAUGUAGCCUUGGGAUUUCUCACAGCUAUUGGAGACCGGAACCAGCGCUCAGUCCUUGCCCUUGAGCACAUGUUUGCUCCGGUUCUGGAUGGCGCCAUUUCUACUCUUCUUGGGGUGCUUAUGCUUGCUGGAUCCGAAUUUGACUUCAUUUUAAGGUAUUUCUUUGCAGUAUUGACUAUUCUUACCAUACUGGGGCUGCUAAACGGAUUGGUCUUGCUCCCUGUUCUGUUAUCCCUUAUUGGACCCCCAGCUGAGGUGACACCCACAGAUAAUGGAAGCCGUCUCCCUACUCCAUCUCCCGAGACCCUCCCACCACCUCUCAAUCACCAUUCCUUCUUUAUGAGGCACAAAGCUAAGAACCAAGGUGGCUUCAGUGACCCAGAGGACUCUUCCGAAUAUUAUUCUGAGACAACCACGUCAGUAAUGGACGAAGACGAUCCCCAGUUGUAUGAACGCAGCCCAUAUAUCAUUCCCCCAAAACCUUCACACAUUCUACUAGAGGCCAGCAAGAGCCCUUCAUACCCAAAAAUCAUGUUGGUGAAAACCUGCAAAGGAAAUCAAGAGGAACCAGCAAAGAAGGAUCCUCAGGACUGUAAUAAAAAUGAGGAGCGUAUUUCCACUGACACAUACCGGAGUAGCUGCCAAAAAGACUUUCAGGAACCAAGAGAACGGUGGAGACAGGAGGCUACAAGGACUAACAAGCCUCCCCUCUCUAGCGCUCAGCACAACAGUAGGGCUCAGAGCCACAGGACUGUACCUCCAGCCUAUUGUGCUACGUUGCCUAAUGGGUCAGUUACAACAGUAACAGCUACAGCCUCAGUGACUGUUGCCGUGCUCCCCGUUCUGCCAGGAGCAGUACAGGCUUACAGCCAUGAGGGUUAUGAGGACAAUGAAAAAGACUGUGUGGAUAACAGAUUUAUGUGGGCAAAAAGGAGAGCGAAGCCUCCUACUGAGAUUUUUGAGCUGGAAGACUUGGAGCAAGACAGAAGGCAAAAUGCCACCUCUGAAAAGCACUAGGACAGUGUCCCACAUAAUGUUGAAAUUCUAAGGAACCCGCUCUUCAACAAGCUAAUAUCCCUGUACAGAACCCCUCCAACAGAAUCGUCUAAAAGAAAAUAAAGAAUACUAAUUGUGAUAAUAUUAAUAUUUUAUAUCUAAAAAAUUAGAGACUUUGUUCAUAUUAUAUAUUUUAAUAUAAAAAUUGAAGCAAAAAAAAAACAAACAAAAAAAACAAACAAAACAUUUAAAAGGCUGAUAAUCUUGUACUGUAAAUUUGGGGAUGUUCCUGGAUACUGCGUCAGAAUAUCCCCAUAUGAAAGAAAAAAAUAAUUAUGUAAACCGCAAACCGGACUAAAACAAUUUUGCUGCUAUUAAUUAACCUCUCCGGUGCUGGAGUGUUUGAGAAAAAUACAAGGGCGAAGAUAAUUUCUUUUCACCUGAGGCUUUUUAAAAUGCAGUGUGCCUUUGUGUUUAGAAACUGGGAUGUGUUAUCUGUUAUAUCCAAGUGAAAGCAACAAGAAUGUAGAAUUAUACAAGUCAGAGACGUUUCCAUGCAUAUAAGUUAAAAGAAAAAAAGUCUUAUUGCAGCGAGUGAAUCUUUACUGUCACCCAUGUUCAGAGAAAUCUACUGCAAUCUGUAAAUUUGCCUUUUUUUGUAUGUAUGUUAUGCACUUGGUUCCAAGUUCUCAUAAUCAAAAUCAUUUAUAUUACACAUACGUAAUCUAAUUGCCCUUUGGACAUAGUAUUGCAUUUCCAUAAUGAGUUGCAUUCAAUUGCAUCUAUGCAAAUUACAAAUGUUCUUAUGGUUACAUAGUACAUUCUAUAAUGUUCAUCUGUUUAGGAAGCACAUUUUUACUCAGUCAGAACUUGUGAAUUUGUAAGCUAAUUUAAAGCAAAAUGUAGGGAAGUUAUUUUUUUUACAUUUUUUUAUAUUAUAACACUAUUGUUUAAUUCUUUGUUAGAAGUUAUAACAGAAACCUUAAAAUCUAUGGGUAAAUGAUUUGAAAUUAGUCGGAUCGUUUCCUGGAUUUGAGCCGAUUUCUAUAAUUUAAGCCACAAGCACUACAGAUCUAUUACAAUAUGUCUCAUUAACCCCUUUAAUGCUAUCACUACCAUAAAGCCAAACAUUGAAGAGGUUAAUGUCCUUCACCCUAUAUUAGCUGUGAAAAAAGUUAACCCUUUUAUCCCCUGUCCCUUUAGGACAUUUAUAUAAUUGUCCCUUUAAAGGGAUACACACAGUAUUUGUGUUGUUUUUAUUUUAUUAAUAAUAUAAUUAUUAUUAUUAUUAUUAGUGUGUUGUAUAUUUGUGUUUGUUUUGCAAUGGCAGCUUCUCUAACGUGUUAAAUAUAAAAUAAUUAAGCUCUAUUCUGCUGCUGGAGCGUGUGGAGCACAGCUCAGCACACAUAAAAUUGCUAUAUAAUGCCGCGCAGGCUCCAGCAGCAGAUAGAGGGUCUGUGUGUGUUUCUAUGUUUGUUUUGUGGAUUAAAGCUUGGUACAAAAUGUCACUGUACUAUAUAAAUUAUUUAUAUUAAAAGAACAAAGUUUUAUUUUUGUAGUUUGUACAGGAAGUAGCCAUUCAACUGAAGUUUUAUUUUUAAAGAGUAAAAUAUAUAUUAUAUAUAAAUCUA